AUGAGCUUUUUAAAUUUCUUUACACAUGCGGACGCGCAAACAGUCGACAAGGCAAAAACUCAUCCACCACCACCCCUUCCGCCUAGAACUAGAGUUAAUGAUAAUACAGUAGGUGGCGAUAUUGUUGUUGCUCCUUCUACUUCGCAAAACGACCAGUUGUUACCUCCACUUCCUCCACGAAAACCAAAAGACCUAAGGAAUGCAGCAGAUGUCAGCAGCACAUCACGCAUAAAUUACAAUAAUUAUAAUAUCAAUGGAUCUGAUGAGAUUUCUUCGGAAGGAAAUAAAAAAUUACCAAAAUUACCAAAUCAAAACAAUAAUAAUAAUGAUGGUAUUUUUAUUCCAUCACCAUUAAGACGUUUCGACACCUGGUUCGAAACGCGACAUCCAUCUAUACGACAGUACAAAAAAGCGUUAUAUGUUGCUUUAGUGUUGUUUGUGAUUGGGGUUGCUCUGGUGAUUCUGUUGGCUGCAAUUGGGAAAUUUAGUAAGAGUGGAUCCGAUGGUAGUGCAGAUGUUGGAAGACCAGGGUUGACGUUGAAUCCUGGUGUGGGAGUGGGUUCGUGUGGCGGAUCGAACACGGAUAAGGAUUUUGUUGCUGCACUUAAUUCACCUCAAUUCGGAGUCUACGCGAAUCCGGCAAAUUCGCCUGUAUGCGGUGCAUGUAUAAAAAUCAACGGCCCAAAAGGGAGUGUUAAAGUAAAAAUCAUGGAUAAAUGUCCUGUUUGUAAAAGUGGUGAUGUUGAUUUAUCCCCGAUUGCUUUUAAUCAGACGGUCGUAUAA